AUGUAUGGAAGCUGCCUUUUAGAAAAAGAAGCGGGAAUGUACCCAGGCACUCUCAGGAACCCUGGAGGAGGCAGCACAGCCGGAGUGGGCACCUCUGGGGGCAGUGGUAGUCCCUCUGCCUGCCUCCCUACUGCAGCCCCAGUUUACCCACAUUACAUGGGGUAUCCACAUAUGUCCAACAUGGAUCCUCACGGGCCUUCGCUGGGAGCCUGGAGCUCACCCUACAGUCCGCCCCGGGAAGACUGGAGUACAUACCCUGGGCCGUCCAGCACAAUGGGCACAGUGCCCAUGAACGACAUGACCUCGAGCUCCCCAGCUUUCGGCUCCCCAGACUACAGCACUCUGGGCCCCACUGGCGGUGCAGGCAGUGCAAGCAACGGCGGUAGCCUGCCAGACGCGGCCAGCGAGUCACUGGUUUCCAUCGACUCAGGCACCUCUGGCGGCGCCACUUCUCCCAGCAGGAGCCGCCACAGCCCCUACGCGUGGAUGCGCAAGACUGUGCAGGUGACCGGGAAAACCAGGACCAAAGAAAAGUAUCGUGUGGUCUACACGGAUCAUCAAAGGCUGGAGCUGGAAAAGGAAUUUCACUGCAAUAGAUACAUUACCAUCCGGAGGAAGUCAGAGCUGGCAGUUAACCUGGGCCUUUCUGAGAGACAGGUGAAAAUCUGGUUUCAGAAUCGCAGAGCCAAGGAGAGGAAGAUGAUCAAAAAGAAAAUCUCCCAGUUUGAGAACAGCGGAGGUUCCGUGCAAAGUGACUCUGGUUCCGUCAGCCCCGGAGAACUGCCUAAUGCUUUCUUCAGCACUCCAUCUGCUGUCCGUGGGUUUCAGCCAAUUGAGAUACAGCAGGUCAUCAUUUCUGAAUGAAACGGGAGCAGAGAAACCAACGCAUCCUUCCUGUUACAGUGUCUCUUUGGCCUCUAAGAUAACAGCAGGGCAGUUGAGAUCGGAUAUAAUUCCUUAUAAGGCACAAUUCCAAACAAGUAGACACACCAUGAGUUGGAGAUAUUUCAGAAGACUCUAAUAUUAAGAAAAAUCUUAUUUCAUGCUGUCAAAUGGACACUGGGCAGAAAGCUGUGCGAUACAUUUUUCUACUUAAAGUCUAGAUUCAAGAGCCCUUGAAACUUUGUUUACAAUUUCAGAAACUCGUUUGUUCCUAUGCUCUUGUGUUUGUUAUUUGAUUCUGAGUAUCUUCCUGGUCUUUUUAGGGGAUAGGAGUAAGGUAAGCAUACAUUUCUCUAUCUGAAGAUAUUGUUUGGAGGGAGUAAUUAAAAAACCACCAGUCUUUUUAACAAGUUAACUGUGUAAAACAGCAUCAGGAAGUGAUUACGAAUCUAUUGCUUAAUUACAUGAAGAUCACUUUUCCCUUUGAAUAAUACUCACCUACCAUCAAUUACGUGGUCAUAGAAUUUAGAAGAUCUAUUUCAAAUCUUGUCAAAACAAUGAAAUCAGACUAGAACAAUAAAGGCUGGGUUAACUGAGUUGCUGGCGAGGCAGAUAUUCAUCAUACAGAACAGACUCCCCUGCAUUCUCAAAGAAAGUAGCUCACCACUUGUAAGCACACAAUCCGGGCAAGCAAAGGUGCGGUAGUGAGCAGGGUGGCCUGGAGAUUUUGUGUUGGCAUGAUGUGCUGUUCACACAUCAAAAUGACCCAAGAUUAAGUCUCCCUUUGAAAGACAAAGUGUCACAAUUACCUGCUUGGGGGUUGAAAAUAAGAACUGUGUCUUCCCAUCCCUUAAGGAACUGUCAGAAAAGGGGUUUAUAGCUCCGUGGUUCCUACUGAGGAUACAUCCAUUUGUGCUGAAAGAUGGAAGGAAAAAAAAAACUUCCACUUCUGACCUGACCUCUUGGAAGCAUAUUCCUUCCAACACAUUCAUAAGGAAGGUACCAAUUACCCACUUUACUGAUGAGCAAAAUGAGGUGUGAGCAUCGUGUCAUUUUCCAAAGACAGAAAAUAAGACAAUUAUGAAUGCUGAUGAGGACCUCUGCUUACAGAUGUACUAUUGAUUAUCUGCAAUAGUAAGUCCAAGCUCAUUCCUAAUACGGAACAGACUCGCCUUUGGCACAUUUACAUGGAAGCUACCCUUCCUUGCUGUAAAGCUAGUGAUGUUUCUCCGUUUCUCUAGACUGAAAA